UAAUGUUGGGCAGUUAUGUAUACAAGAAACAGAACAAAAGUUAUUCAAGACAAGAAGGUUCUCUUAACGUACGAAACAUUCAACUUGAAAUCGAUGUGCACGCUACCCUCUGCCGUAAUUCCCAAUCUUUCUUUCUUCGAAUCUUCCUUCUACGCCCAUUCCUCCACUCCACCGUCCUCCCUUUUCCUUAACCUCCAAUAUCACUUCCCCAUGUUAUUUUACACACACUUAUAAAUAACGCAUUGCAUUCUCAUCCCCAUAAUAACAUUCCCUUUGACCAUUUUCAAGUUCUAAAAAAUGCAAGCAACCUCUCUAUGUUCCCAUGUCUUCUUAUCAAACCCUCUUUCACGACAACACAAGGUGUUCUCUAGGAGCUUAAUCUGUGCAUCAAAAAGUGACUCCUUUGGGCACCACUACGAGGGGAAGAUGGUGGACGACAACAUGAUCCUUCUCAGAAUGCGAAUUCGAGAGAUUGAGAUGCUGGAAACGAAGGGUAAGGCUUCUUCCGCCUGGAACGAAUGGGAGAAAAAGUACUUCCAGAAUUACGAUUCAGAUGUAUGUGAAGCCGUUGGAGUGUUGCAAAGAGUGUUAAUGAACACUAGACCUUCUUUUGCACUUGCCACAUUCGCUCUUCUUAUGCUAACCACGUCAAUGUCAAUGUUGCAACUUGCGUUUCAUCUUGUAGGGUUUGCUAAGGGAAUCCUAUGAUUGAAUAGAAACAAAUAUUCUUCUUUGAAAUAUUAAAAAAUAAAAUAUUAAAUUAAA